UAACAAUAAUAAUAAAUCAUCCAUUUGUUAGACACUGAUAAAUAAUACAAUGAGAUACAAAAACAUAAAAUAAAAUAAUUUUCCUGGAAAAAAAUGAUAAAAAUUUUCGGUUACAGUGGGAAAUAGAAAGAUAUGUAACAGAAUUACAAGCAGCGAAUUUAGUCUCUCUCGCUGUGUGUGUGUGUGUGUGUGUGUCUUUGUGAUUGACAAAAAAUAAAAAAUAAAAAUGAAGGCGCUGAUAAGCACUGCGAUCGCUUGCCCUUCUUCUUUUUCUUCAAAUUCCGGCGGACCAUUUCAUCGAGAAUCUGCUUCUGUUAGAGCUCGAUUUGGUUGUUGGUCCAGGAAAAGUGGGGAGGUCAAUGGCUUACCUAGACCGUCUGUACAUAUGGAGUUACAAGGUCAGGAAGGUGCAAAUAUUUCUCAGUCAUCAAAUGAAGACAAAGCAAGACACGAUGACAUCUGGGGACUCUUUAAAGAAGCACAGCAGAACAUUCUAUACUUGAACAAACAACGUCAAAAGGCUUUGGAGGAGCUGAACAGAACAAACCAAGAGAAAGAGUUGUUGCUUGAGAAGAUAGCCAUAUUGGAGGCAAAAAUGCAAAGUGGUUUUGUUAAAGAUAGGCUAUCAUUUUGUUGGGAGCUGCUGCUUCGGAUAGACUCAAUGGUUCUCACUGGCAUUAUUAGCACUAAUGAGGCAUCUGAUAUGAGAAGGCUGCUUGUGGAGCGUAAAGUUAGUGGGGAUGAUUUUCCUACGGACAUCCUACAAGAGACAGAUGUGAAGCUUCUACAUGAACUUCGGAACUUCUUGUCUGGAAGCAAAGGGAAUGGCUUUCACAUUGUCCACAUAUGUACUGAAAUGUCACCCUUGGUCUCUGUUGGAUCUUUGGCAUCAUAUGUAACAGGUUUAUCUCGUGCAUUGCAAAGAAAGGGCUACUUGGUGGAGGUUAUAUUGCCAAAGUAUGGAAGCUUGGACUUGGAUGAAGUUCAAGGGCUACGAGAAAUUGAGGCGGAGUCUUAUUCAUAUUUUAAUGGUCAAUUGCACGCAAACAGAAUUUGGAUAGGUGUUGCCUAUGGCAUUGGAGUUACUUUAAUUGAGCCCAAGGACUAUGCAUCCUUUUUCAAUCGUGAGAAGGUUUAUGGUUACUCAGAUGACUUUGAACGGUUUACCUAUUUCUCUCGUGCAUCAUUGGACUACAUAGUAAAAGCUGGAAAGAAGCCUGAUGUGUUGCACAUCCAUAACUGGGAAACUGCUAUAGUUGGGCCGCUUUUCUGGGAUAUUUUUGUCAAACAGGGACUGGGAGAUACAAGAAUACUCUUGACAUGUCAUGACUUCAGGCAGUCCCUUGAGCAACCGGAUAAACUAUCAUUAUGUGGACUUGAUCCUGCUAGACUUCACCGUCCUGAUCGUUUACAAGAUAACACUAACAAACUUCUUAUCAACAUUUUAAAGGGUGGAGUUGUUUACUCCAAUAAAGUUAUAUUUUUGUCAUCCAUACAUUCGAAAAGCAGGAUCAUUUAUGGUCCAAAUCAUGGGUUGGAACCUACCUUAGACAUUCACAAGGACAAGUUGGUUGUUGCUCCAUUGGGGUUUGACAGCUCCAUCUGGGAUCCUUCCAAGGACAGGUUUCUUCCUAAAAAUUAUAGUGUGGAUGACAUGAAGGGGAAAGCUGUGUGCAAAGUUGCAUUACAGCAGCAACUGGGGUUAUCUGAUAAUGGUUCUAGUGUUCUUGUUGGAUUCAUCUUUUGUGAAGUUUCAGAUGUUGAUCUGGAGAGCCUUAAGUCACUUGUUCGCAAUACCAGCAGUAGGGGUGUCCAGUUUAUCAUCAUGGAUCUUAGCAAAAUUCCAAGUGCAAACAUGAGUCUUGGAUCUUUUCAAGAAGAACUUAAGGGUGAUGGUGUACGAUUUAUAAGCAGACAGGAUGAAGCAUCAUCACAUUUGGUCUUUGCAGGAUCUGAUAUAAUAUUGUGUCCAUCUUUCCAUGAUCCCAUUCUCCAACUUCCAGAAAAGGCUUUGAAGUAUGGAGCAGCCCCAGUUGCACUAUCCUCCAACAGCAUGGGCUUUAGACAUUCUAUAGAUCACCAUGCCGAGGCCACUAGAUUCUCGCAGUUCAUCAGCUCCACAUUUGAAAACAUGUCUUUAAACCAAGCCCUGGAUGAAAUCAGGAACAACCCGUCUAAGUGGAAGCAAAGGAUAAUGGAAGGAAUGGCACUGGACUUGUCAUGGGAUGCCGAGUGCUGUGACAUCCAUAUUUCUGCUUACACAGCCAUAAAGGACCUGUGAACUGUUAGUAACUUGUAAAUGUAGGUGUAAAUAUCUACAUGUUCAAUCUCUAUUUAUGAUAUAUAGUUAUUUGUCGAUGGUAAAGGCUAGGUUUUUGGGAUUAUAUAUUAGGUUUCUGAUUUCCCAAUCUAAACAGGAUGUUUGGGUAGAUCAUCGGAAUGUGUCUUAUACUUGGUGUUAACGUUUUUUAGGUGGUAGCUCCAAUAAUAAAUUUCAUAUGAAAUGAAAUUACUUGCUCGAACCAUCUUAUGAUUGGAACGAUUUCAGUAGAAAAAUAAAUAAAUAAAUAAAUUGGCAUUUGAUUCUAUAAAA